CGCAGACUGCCGUUUGAUUCUCAGGUUGUUUACGUUUUGCCUUGGCGAGAGGAGCAGCGGCAAAAAAUGGGAACGGGUUGGCGACGGGCGCGGAUCGCCCUCGGCCUGACCGUCUGCGCGACGGCGGAGAGGAGCCGGCCGGUGUCCGGCGAGGAUUCCUCGGAAUCUGUCACCCCGUCAGUGAGGAGCCACUCCGUCUCCACCGCCACCACCCCUAGGUCGGAGGGUAGAACUCCCCGCCCCCUCAUCCUCCAAAAGAGCGCGUGCGGCGUGUGCUUCAAGCCCAUGAGGUGCGGCGAGGGAUGUGCCAUCUUCACGGCCGAGUGCUCGCAUGCUUUCCACUUCCACUGCGUGGCGUCGCACGUGCGGCGAGGGAGUGCCUCAUGCCCCGUGUGUUUCGCGGCGUGGAAGGACGCGCCGUUCCUAUCAGCGGCUGCACCACGUCGGAGCGAACCGGAGCCAAGGACGCCGCCCGGCCGGGAGGAGGUGGAACCGGUACCGGCUCCGAAGAGCAGGCUCUACGACGACGACGAGCCGCUUUUGUCUGUUGGAGCGGCCCCUUGCCGAAGGUUCAACCCGAUUCCGGAGGAGGAAUCAUCUCCGGAUGUUUCCGGAAUUUGUUCGAACAGGACGGUCGUCAACCUGACGAUCGUGCCGGAAUUUCCUGCGCUGAUCCCUGGUAAGAGCUACGACGACUUCGCAAUGCUUUUGCGCGUUGCGGCUCCGGCGACAUCCAGCGGGAGCUCUGGGCACGAUACGCCGCGGAAACGCCUUUCCGACCAGAAUUCACGUCCUCCUAUCGAUGUCGUGGUCGUCAUCGACGCGCGGUCUGCUCUCCGAACGAUGAAGAGAGCCUUCAGAGUCGUCGCCUCGUCACUUUCCUCCGGCGACCGCCUCGCGGUCGUUGCCUUCACACGAGGCUCGUCGAAACGCCUCCUCCCUCUCAUGAGAAUGUCCGUCCACGGCCAACGCGCGGCCCGCCGUCUAGUGGAGCGCCUCGAAGUCUCGAGCAACGACGACGCCGAGAGUGGAGACUCAGUCGGCGCUCUCGCUGACGGCGUAAAGAAGGCAGCAAAGAUGCUCUCUGAUCGCCGGGAGCGCAACCCUGCAUCAGGAAUCCUCCUUCUGACCGACGACGCAACCGCCUGCCGCCGGAGAGCGCCAAAGCUCUCUGCACUGUUCGGCACUCUCGGACUCCCAGUGCACACUUUCGGCUUCACCGGAGAACCCGUCGCUCAGGCCGGUGGGCCAGUGACGUUCUCCGACGGGACCGGCAAUACGUUCUCGUACGUCCACGACGAGGCCUCCUUCCGGCAAUGUGUUGGAACGCUACUGAGCGUGGCCAUACAGGAUCUCCACCUAGAGAUCGAGUGUGCGUCGGAAUCCGGCGGGUUGCAGGUGAAGCUGAGCAGCCUCUACGCCUCCGUCCAGCGAUCAAGGAUCCACGCGGGCCGUCGAUCUGGCUCUAUCCAAAUUGGCGAUCUCUACGCGGAGGAGGAGCGGGAGUUCCUGGUCGAGCUAAAGAUCCCGGCGACCAAGGCCGUCGGUCCGGCGAGUCUCAUCUCCGUCCGCUGCUCGUUCGUGGACCCGCUCACGCAAGAGACGGUCAACGGGGAAGCGAGGACUUUGACCUUGCCGGUGGUCGAAUCCGUCCGCGGGUUCCCGAACUCGGUCGGGAUGAAGGUGGAGCGACUCCGGAACCGGCUCCGAACAACACGCGCGAUUUCGGAAGCUCGGCACUUGGUGGAGAAGGGAGAUGCAUCGGCGUCUCGGUUGGUCCUGGCGGCGGCUCGGACCCGCCUGCUCGGCUCGGCGUCGCUAUCGGCUGACGAGCACGUUCGCGCCAUCGACGCGGAGCUAGCGGAGCUGGGGUCCAAGAGAGGAAGAUUUGGAUCGGAUAUCGGGUUGAAGAGGACCGAGCUCGAAGCCCCGUCGCCAGGUUCGGUUCUGGACAUGGCGAUGAGGCUGCAGAUGGAGUCGAACGGCGACCCGCUCACGCCGAGGUCGGCGUGGAGGGAAGCCGAGCGGCUCGCUCGAGUGGCCAUGAUGAGGAAGGCGAUGAACCGGGCUGAUGAUCUUCACGGCCUGGAGGACGCGAGGUUUUAAACUGUGAUAGAAUUUGGAAAACUCGGGCCUUUUCCCCUUGUUCCCCCUGUUCAAAUUUUCUUUUCUUAUUUUCCUGCUUUUGUAAAUUUACGUACUCUUUUUUCCUUCUGAUAUCACAUUUGUAAUACUGUUA